GUUCUUUAAAAUGUUUUCAAACAAAGUGUGUACUGUGCAUUUUGAGUCUGUUGGAGUUCAGAAGACGGCUGCUUCUGAUUGAAUGUGGUCCAUCAUGAGGAGAGGAGUGGUGCAACUCACCCUGUUUGGGCUCCUGGUGACUUUAGCUGCUGCACAACCAAAAAAGGACGACUGGGACAUUUACAGCUUUCACAUCAACUGCACUGUGAGCAGCCGAUAUGCCACCACCGUCAUCACCAGCCGUGUUGUGAAUCGCAUGAAUGAAUCGAAAGAAAUUGAAUUCCACGUUCAGAUUCCCAAAAAUGCCUUCAUCAGUAAAUUCGGGAUGCUUAUUGAUGGUCAAAUGUACGACGGAGUUGUGAAAACUAAGGAGCAGGCUCAGCAGCAGUACACUCAGGCUGUGUCUCGUGGUCAGAGUGCUGGGAUAGUCAGCUCUGUUGGAAGAACCAUGGAGGAAUUUAAAACCUCUGUAACUGUGGCGGCCCACAAAAAGGUCACCUUUGAACUCACCUAUGAGGAGCUGCUGAAGCGAACCCACGGCAAAUACGAGCUGCAGAUCCACGCUCGACCCAUGCAGCCCGUCAAAGACUUCAAGGUUGAUGUGCACAUUCACGAGAAAGCCGGCAUCAGUUUCGUUGAUGUGAAAGGAGGACUGAGCACCAAAGCCUUGGCUAAUGCUAUCACUAAAACACAUGCAGAUAAACAGGCAUGGGUGCAUUUUUAUCCUACGGUGGACCAACAAAAAACCUGUGACAGCUGUGGAGAGUGGGGUCUGAGUGGAGAUCUGAUUGUUGUUUAUGACGUAAAUCGAGACAGUGGACUGGGAGACUUCAAGACUUCGGACGGAUACUUUGUCCAUCACUUUGCUCCAUCAAACCUUUCCCGAAUACCAAAGAACGUUGUCUUUGUCAUUGAUCGAAGUGGCUCAAUGCACGGCAGGAAAAUGCAACAGACCAGAACUGCUUUAAUCCAUAUAUUGAAUGACCUGAUGGAAGACGACUUCUUCGGUCUUCUCAGUUUUGAUAGCGAAAUAUCUCACUGGAGAAGAGAACUCGUUCAGGCCACUAGAGCAAAUCUGCAGGGUGCCAAGCAAUUUGCGCGUGGUAUUACUGACAGAGGAGCUACAGACAUCAAUGCAGCAGUGUUGGAAGGGGCACGCAUGCUGAAUGCACAUCCUAGAGGAGGUUCAGCUUCCAUUCUAAUACUUCUCACAGAUGGAGACCCAACAUCAGGAGUGACAAAUCUCGAAGCAAUACAAUCAAAUGUAAAACAGGCGAUUGCAGGAAAGUUUCCUCUCUACUGCCUUGGUUUUGGAUUUGAUGUCAAUUUUGAGUUUUUGGAGAAGAUGUCUUUGGGGAACAGCGGUGUAGCAAGACGGAUCUAUGAAGACUCUGACGCUGAUUUGCAGCUCAAGGGCUUUUAUGAAGAAGUGGCCACUCCUCUGUUAACAGAUAUCACAAUGAUCUAUGUGGGUGGAACCAAUCUAACCCAGACUCAUUUCAGUCAGUAUUAUAACGGCUCUGAGAUCGUGGUGGCCGGUGAGAUUAUCGACAACAACAUUGAAAACUUUGUGCCUGAAGUUGUUGCCAUUUCAAGUAAACAAAAAAUGACAUUUUCUAAAACAAAUGAAUUUGUGGAUUCUUCUACUGGAAUUGCUGAUGGACUUCUUCAAAGGGUUUGGGCCUACCUCACUGUGAAACAACUUCUGGAGAAAGAGCUGCUGGUAUCUGGAUCUGAGAAGGAGAAAGUGAAGAGCGAUACCUUGGAGUUGUCCCUGAAGUACAGCUUUGUGACCCCACUCACAUCCAUGGUGGUCACCAAGCCACAGGUGGAAGACACGGAUGUCCUUCACAAACCCAAAGAGGGGGGAGGAUCCCAGUUCGACCAUUAUGCCACACCAGCCAACAGACACGUUGGGCCCGCUGGUCCUGCUGGUCCUGCUGGUCCUGCUGCACAUCCUGGUAAACACGGACACGUUUGGCUCCAUGCUCCUACUCUGCUUCCUGGUAAACACGGACUACGUGGACUCCCUGGUAUCCCUGGUAUUUCUUCUUCACAUGGUAUAAAAGACUCGAACUAUGCUUUCUAUGAUUUAAGUUUGGACGACGUCUCUGAUGUCUCCUUCCUUAGUGCAACUGACGUUCUACCAGUGGACAUAGAGACGACAACACUUGCUCCUGUUUCUCACAGAUUUUUGCGGAAAGCUAAUUCAGCUGUUCCUCUUUGCUUUGAUGUCAGUGGAUCUGUCAUUUUCAAACUACUUCACCAUCCAAGCAAAGCGGUGUUUGUAAAUGGUGAGCUGGAUUCACUAACAAACGGCGGCUUCGCUAAGAUCGUUUUCCACAUCAGCGCUGACCAGCACGUUGAGGUUGAUCCGGAGGGAGUCAGUCUUCGACAGGGACAGUCCACGACCCGGCACACUGGAGAGGAUCUCGUCACAGCCGGACGUCUUACAGUGAUCAUGCGGGUCAAAGAAAUAGAUGUUGCGGUGGAGGAUGUGCGUUUGGUUAUCUUAAUUCAUGAGAAGGAUGGGAACAAAUUCCUUUGGCCCGUUUUGCGGCAGACGCCAUCUGCCGACGACACUGAAGGAAUUUUAGCUUUAAAACCAGCAGACUAUCAGGUGCUUCAACAACAAUCUGAUGCGAAACUGAAGCUCAAAGACAGAGAGACUCCUGCUUCCAGCUCCACUGUGACUGACUACAGCAUUGCCAAUCCUGUGCCAAUGAACUGUUGGCUUGUGGGAGCUGACUUUGCCCUGGAGAGGACUUUGAAUGAUUACUCUGUUGCACAAAAUGUGUACAAAGAAGAACUCACGUUGAGAUUAUCGGAAAGAUUCAGCUGGUUCUGUUUGAAUCUGCUCCGAGACACAAUGGGGAGCGUUGUGGAGCAGCUGGUCCUCGUUGGGUUUCUGCUGGCUUUGGCUGCUGCACGACCAGCGAAGGGUGACUGGGACAUUUACAGCUUUCACAUCAACUCCACUGUUAGCAGUCGAUAUGCCACCACUGUCAUCACCAGCCGUGUGGCCAACCGUAUGAAUCAGUCAAAAGAAAUUGCCUUCCAUGUUCAGAUUCCCAAGAAUGCCUUCAUCAGUAAAUUCAGGAUGAUGAUGGACGAGGAAGUGUUUGAUGGAGUUGUGAAAACUAAGGAACGAGCUCAGCAGCAAUACACUCAGGCUGUGCUUCUUGGACAAAGUGCUGGGAUUGUCAGCUCUGUUGGAAGAACCAUGGAGGAAUUUAAAACCUCUGUAACUGUGGCGGCCCACAAAAAGGUCACCUUUGAACUCACCUAUGAGGAGCUGCUGAAGCGAACCCACGGCAAAUAUAAGCUGCAGAUCCACGCUCGACCCAUGCAGCCCGUCAAAGACUUCAAGGUUGAUGUGCACAUUCAUGAGAAAGCUGGGAUCAGUUUCAUUGAUGUGAAAGGAGGACUGAGCACCCUGGCUACUGCUAUCACCAAAACACAUGCAGACAAACAGGCGUGGGUGUACUUCUAUCCAACUGUGGACCAACAGAAAACUUGUGAGAGGUGUGGAGAGCAAGGCUUGAAUGGAGAUCUGGUCAUUGUUUAUGACGUCAACCAAGACAACGGACUGGGAGACAUCAGGAUUUCAGACGGUUACUUUGUCCAUCACUUUGCUCCAUCUAAUCUUCCCCGAAUACCGAAAAAUGUCGUCUUUGUUAUCGACAAAAGUGGCUCGAUGCACGGCAGAAAAAUAAAACAGACCCGAACGGCUUUAAUCCACAUUUUAAAUGACCUGACAGAAGACGACUUCUUUGGUAUCAUCAGUUUUGAUCAAGCCAUAUUUCACUGGAACAGAGAACUUGUUCCAGCCACUGCUUCAAAUGUGGAGAGGGCUAAAGAGUUUGCACGGCGUAUUUCUGACAAUGGAGCUACAAACAUCAAUGGAGCGUUGUUGGAAGGAGCUCGCAUGCUGAAUGCACAAAGCAGGGAAGGCUCGGCUUCCAUCCUGAUAUUUCUCACAGAUGGAGACCCAACAGCAGGAGAAAUUAACUUAGAAAGAAUACAGUCAAACGUCAGAGAAGCUGUUGCAGAAAAAUUUCCUCUCUACUGUCUCGGUUUUGGCUCUGACGUCAAUUUUGAGUUUCUGGAGAAAAUGUCACUGCAGAACAAUGGUGUGGCAAGACGGAUUUAUGAAGACGCUGAUGCUGAUUUACAGCUCAAGGGUUUCUAUGAAGAAGUGGCCACUCCUUUGUUAACAGACGUGACAAUGAUCUAUGUGGGCGGAUCCAAUCUAACCCAGACAAAUUUCAGUCAGUAUUAUAAUGGUUCUGAGAUUGUUGUGGCCGGCGAGAUCACUGACAACAACAUUGAAACCUUCACUCCCCAAGUCGUGGCUUACUCAAUCAACAGAAGAGUGACAUUUUCUAACACAAGUGGUUCUACGGACCAUCCCAGUGAAACAGUGACCGAAAACCUUCUGCAGAGGGUUUGGGCCUACCUCACAGUGAAACAGCUUCUGGAGAGAGAGCUGCUGCUAUCUGGACCUGAGAAAGAGAAAGUGAAUAAAGAGGCGUUGGAGCUGUCCCUCAAGUACAGCUUUGUUACUCCGCUCACAUCCAUGGUGGUCACCAAGCCUCAGGGGGAGAAAUCCGUCCUCCACAAACCCAAAGAGGGGGAAACACCACAGUUCACAGGAAGAGCUGGGGUCGUGCUUGGGGCCUCUUCUGCAGGAGCUGCAGCAUCUGGUUCCAGUUUUUCUCCUUAUCCUGGAAGAGCUGGGGUUGUGCUUGGGGCCUCUUCUGCAGAUUCGAUAUCAGGAUUUCCAACUUUGGCUGACCACCGGACGACACGCUUAAUAGCAGGAGGAUCAAGAGAUCCAAGAAGACGAUUGUCAGGAGGUGUUGUUGCUGCUCCUAUCAUGCCUUCCAUUAUUUCCACUGACUCUGGUUUUGGAUUUUCCAGUUAUGCUGGUUCUGCAGUUUCUGCUGGUAUGGGUCCUCCGGGACAUCCAGGUCCUCCUGGUUUUGGUCCUCCAGGUCCUCCUGGUUUUGGUCCUCCGGGUUCUCCUGGUUUUGGUCCUCCGGGUUCUCCUGGUUUUGGUCCUCCGGGUUCUCCUGGUUUUGGUCCUCCUGGUUUUGGUCCUCCUGGUUCUGGUCCUCCGGGUUCUCCUGGUUUUGGUCCUCCGGGUUCUCCUGGUUUUGGUCCUCCUGGUUUUGGUCCUCCUGGUUCUGGUCCUCCGGGUUCUCCUGGUUUUGGUCCUCCAAGUCCUCCUGGUUUUGGUCCUCCUGGUUUUAUUCCUCCUGGUCCUCCUGGUUCUGGUCCUCCGGGUCUUCCUGUCCACAUCAGUCACCGAUUUCUGGUUAAAACUGAGAAUCACUCUGCUUCCCUUUGCUUUGACGUGCCUGGAUCUCAUGUUCUUAAACUCCUUCAUCAUCCCAGCAAGAGUCUGUACAUAAAUGGCGAGCUUAAUCCAGUGACAAAUGGGGGCUUCAAAAAAAUUUUCAUCCAAGUUCAAAAUGACCAUUAUGUUGACAUCGGCCCCGAGGGAACCAGGGUCCUGCAGGGAACCUCUAUGACCCGGCUUGAUGUACAGAAUCCCAUCCAAGCUGGAAGUCUUACAGUGACUGCUCGAGGUCAAGAAACAGAUGUUUUAGGAGAAGACUUGCACAUGGUUGUCUUAGUUCAUCAGAGGGACGGCAACAAAUUCCUUUGGCCUGUUUUAAAAAAGAGACCGUCUGCCAGCAACGUUGAUGGGAUUCUAGCUUCAACUCCAGCUAAUUUUACGUUGGUACCACAAUCAUACCUAACAAUACUGAAGAUCCCAGGCAGACUUGAUAGUGCAGUGUACAGUUCAUCUGCCAUUGACUACAGUGUGACCUCUCCUGUGACAGUGCAGUGCUGGUUCACAAUGAAUCCCCUUAUCCUUGGAAAACCUCUGUAUCUUUAUGUUGUAUAACUGUUCAGUGGAUGAUUUCAAUUCAAAUCAGCUUGUUUUAUUAAAUAAUGUUGAAAAUUAUUUUAGAAAUAACCAAGGUGUGAAGUAAAAAGCACCUAAAACAUAUCUAUUUUCGUUUUUUCUUGGUCAGACAGUGCAAUUAAGAAUAAUGAACACAUUUGUGUUUUUAUUUACCCUAUAAAGGACGAAAAGAAAUGCAAACAUCAACAACUUUCUAAAAAAAUUACUUCAUGUAAAGGUUGAUCGGGUCUGGUGGUGUGAGGUCUGGUGACAAUCCAACAGUGAUAGUUAUCCUUUGAUAGUUUGAUAUCCUGUAAUGAUGUUUCAGCCUCUUAUUUUGAAGUACGAAAGGAAGUAGUUCUUAAUUUGCUGUUUAAUGCUGAAAGAAUCCACUAAGUAAGAAUUUUUACUAAUUGGCAAUCAGCAGGUUUCAUUCAUUUAUUUGAAAUGAUCUGUAAAGAAAAACUAAACAGAGAGAGAAAAGUCAUAAGGAUUUGUUGACUGUGAGAUAAUGUGCCUGGCUAACCAAUAAAGAUGCUAAAAUCAGCUUUUGUUUCAAAGGUUCUUCAAGUUCUUAAAGGUUGUUUCUUUUACAAGUCUUAAAUGCAUUUGAUAAUCAGUUCAAAAUCUGUAAUUCUCACACAUACAAAAUAAGACCUUGAUAAGUCAGAACAUAAAAACAGUUCACAACUGAAGACACUUUUGUUCUCUGAUCUGUUUAUGUAGAUUUUUUUUGGCAUCACAACUUGAUAUUUUGAUGAGCUUGACAUCUGCUUUAUUAAAUGGGAAAAAUUA